GGCGGGGCGGGUCCUGCGGGACCCGGGCGGGGCGUACGGCGGCCGGGAGGUCGGCGGGAUGGAGUCGGUGGUCUUCAUCUUCUCGCUUAUCGACUGCUGCGCUCUCAUCUUCCUCUCCGUCUACUUCAUAAUUACGCUAUCAGAUUUGGAAUGUGACUACAUCAACGCGAGGUCUUGCUGUUCAAAACUCAAUAAAUGGGUUGUCCCUGAGGUGAUUGGCCAUGCUGUUGUCACUGUAUUAAUGCUUAUUUCAUUGCACUGGUUCAUCUUCCUCCUUAAUUUGCCAAUAGCUACAUGGAAUAUAUAUCGGUUUAUUAUGGUGCCAAGUGGAAACAUGGGGGUAUUUGAUCCCACAGAGAUCCAUAACCGAGGACAACUGAAGUCACACAUGAAGGAAGCUAUGAUCAAGCUAGGCUUUCAUCUGCUCUGUUUCUUCAUGUACCUUUACAGUAUGAUUCUGGCUUUGAUAAAUGAUUGAGAAGUUGAAAAAGAACCAUUAGCUGCCAAAUUGGGUCAUCACUCCAGUGACUGGUUAUGGAGCCACAGCCACCUACCGAACAUACCUAGACCAGUGGCAUCAUGCAGUAUAUUUUUCUUCUUUGAACAAGAAAUAUUUUCCUGUAUUUUUAACAUAAAAUAUUUUCAAAAGACAUUGGAUUUGUGUAGCAGUU